AUGGUCGACAUCGAGAGUCACUACCACCCGCCCUCGCCCUUGGAGGACUCGGUGUUGGGUAGCCCUCUGUGCGCCGAUGACGACUUCAUCGGUGGCAUGGAGGAGCUCCACGACAUAUCACAGUCCAUCGACAGCAGUAACCUCAGCUCUUACGACGCCCCGGAGUACCAAUCGUCCAGCAAUGGCUCUGAAGGCUCCGCUGUCUUUGAUGCCCUAACGCCGGCUUCCAGCCCAUCGUCAUCGGUGGCUUACGGGUUGGCGGCAAACCAAGAAGACUUCUCGUCUUCCCCCUCGUCGUCCUCGUCAUCACUCAGCUUGGAGUGUCGGGUGUGCGCCGACCGCGCCUCAGGCUACCACUACGGCGUCCACGCCUGCGAGGGCUGCAAGGGUUUCUUUCGGCGGACCAUCCGUCUCAAACUAGAGUACGACAAGUGCGAACGCCGCUGCAAGAUCCAAAAGAAGAACCGCAACAAGUGCCAAUACUGCCGCUUCCAAAAGUGCCUGUCUGUGGGCAUGUCCCACAACGCCAUCCGUUUUGGUCGGAUGCCCCAGUCGGAGAAGCUGAAGCUGAAGGCGGAGAUGGUAACAGGGGAACGUGAGGUGAAGGACCCCCAGCUGGCCGACCAGAAGACGCUGGCCCGACAGAUUUACGAGGCUUACCUCAAGAACUUCAACAUGAACAAGGCCAAGGCCCGGACCAUUCUCACGGGGAAGACUAGCACACCGCCUUUGGUCAUCCACGACACGGACACGCUGCAGCUAGCGGAGCAGACCCUAGUGGCCAAGAUGGUAGGCUCGGGGGAGGUCCUAAAGGACCGUGAGGCGGAGGUGCGCAUCUUCCAUUGCUGCCAGUGCACCUCAGUGGAGACGGUGACCGAACUGACGGAAUUCGCCAAGUCGGUGCCAGGUUUCUCCAAUCUGGACCUCAACGACCAGGUGACGCUGCUGAAGUACGGCGUUUACGAGGCCCUCUUCGCCAUGCUGGCCUCGUGCAUGAAUAAGGACGGGCUCCUGGUGGCGUACGGAUCGGGAUUCAUCACGCGAGAGUUCCUCAAGAGCCUGCGGCGGCCCUUCAGUGACAUGAUGGAGCCCAAGUUCCAGUUCGCCACAAAGUUUAACGCCUUGGAGCUGGAUGACAGUGAUUUAGCGCUCUUUGUGGCCGCCAUCAUAUGUUGUGGAGACCGGCCGGGCCUGGUGAAUGUAACGCACAUCGAGCGCAUGCAGGAGAACAUCGUGCAGGUCCUACAGCUCCACCUGCUGGCCAACCACCCAGACGACACGUUCCUCUUCCCUAAGCUGCUGCAGAAACUGGCCGAUUUGCGACAGCUGGUAACCGAGCACGCUCAGCUCAUACAGGAGAUCAAGAAGACGGAGGACACGUCACUGCACCCACUCCUACAGGAAAUCUACAGAGACAUGUAUUGA